GUGUGAAUGGAAGGGAAUGUUUCCACUAAAGCUCACAAUGAUUCCUAUUUAAUUAUUAUUAUUAUUUAUUUAUUUAUUUAUUUAUUUAUUUAUUAUUAUUAUUUGGCAAAUCUGAACAAUUGAGUGCAAAAUACAGAAUGCUAUAUGCGUAAAUAAAAAUGCAUACAGGGCAAAUAACAGUUAUUAACAACAACAUGAUGUAGCUCUUGAAUAUUUCCAUGUGAAGAUUUUCUCUGACUGGCACGCGCACGGCCACGGCUGGUUGCUAGGAGACGCUGUUUGGCGUUUCACUGUUUGAGUUUCUGAGGUAAAAACCUGGAGUUAUCUUUCAGCCGAUACAAUUUAAUUUGAAGUAAAUUUCAAGGCGGGAAUACAUUCAUGAAAAGGUAAGAUGCUUUUAAAGAAUACUUUUAAAUGUUUUUAGAUUUGUUGCGUCACAGCAUGAUAAAAAGCAACUUUUGAGAUAGAAAGCUAGCUGGCUAACUACUGUAACUUAUAUUAGCGUUUAUAGCUUUGAAAAAAAGUUACAGUUUAUACAUUUUUACAAAUUUAUGUCUUUAAAAGUAGCACACACGUGUAAAGAUAAUGUUUAAUUAUUAUUUAAGACUCGUGAGAAUAUAGAAUAGCACAACAUUACAAAAUUCAGUAGACAGAACUGAAUUCGUAAUAUAUAACUUAUAUUCUACUAUAUACUGUUUAUAUAAUAUUUUACAGAUAUGGGUCUUUACACAAAUGUGGAAGCAAAAAUGUUCAGAAAUGAGGCAAAAGGAUUUCCAAUAUAUGAAGUGCCCAUAUAAAUCCAAUCAGAACAGAAGCAGACUUCUUUCUUACCUUGCCAGGUGAGCCCUGUCAUCACAGAUUUCCCCCGCAUCCUGACAAAACCCAGCUGUGUUGGGUCUCAAAUAGACUUUCACUUUCCUCUCCUCUGCAAUCUGCCCCCUAAAUCCAUGUCUCAACAAAGACCUACAGAAUGAGCUGGGGUCAGAGCACAAGCCCAAACAUUUCCUCCACAGACAAAUCAGGGAACACAAUGGCUCUUCCAAAACUUAAAGCCAGGCAUGGGAUUGUCAGAAAGCCCGUCAUAGCCUCUCUCGCAGGGACCACCAAAGCAGUAUCCUUGUCCCAAAGGCCGCAACCUCCUGCUAAGCCCAGAUCAGAGAGGCCUUUAUCAGCAGGUGGAUCUUACAAACCUUGCACACUUGCUCAGCAGGUUUCAGGUGAGGAGACGAAAAACUUCAGCAAUCGACAGCCGGAUUCGGGCAGCUGUAAUGACAAUGAGGUGUCAGGCUCUGUGAAUUCAGCACAGAAUGGGCAUAAAAGAGCGCAGAGAGGAAAGAGUGAAACAUUCCGGGAGCCUCAUAAACAUCAAACUCUCUCCAAACACAGCAGCUCCCAGAGUCACACCAGCAGCGCUGGCUCAAGCAACAUCCCAAGUGUCAAAUCCACCUCUGAGCUGCUAAAUGAAGCCAGACUUAUUGCUGGACCUGAGCUGCCAGAUGAGGUUGACCAGCAGAGGUCGCCAAAUGAGACCUUAGCAGACACGUUAGUGAAGGGAAGCGGGCACAUAGAGGAGGAUAGUGGUGCUGUUGUACAUUCUAUGGAAAGAGAAGCUGGACACAGUUGCAGCUCUGAUAAUAAGGGGCCAACUCAAAGAGACACUUCAGUACCAAAAGAGAAAUGUUCCCCAAGACCAAUGUGCCAUCCACCUGUGUCAUCUGGUGUCUACAAGAUGGCUGAGUCAGUUUUACAGAAGGAUUCUGAUGUUGGCUCUGAUGGUGGAGGACUCCAGGAUCUCUUAUCCCAGGUGACCAAUGAAGAUAUAAUAAUGGCCCGUGGAUGUAGCUUGACUCCAGUUCAGAGACCAGAAAGGACAUCCCAUCAGACCAAAACCAUUCAAGGCCUUUCACUACUGGCAACCUGGACACCUAAAAAAGAUGCAGAAGGGUAUAAAACCAUCCACCAUUUGUGUACCACUCCUGCUAGUCAAGUCGUGCCUGUUGAGUUACAACUUGCUUCUAGAAUCUGCCACACUCAAAACCUGAUCACUGCAACAGCACAGUUUAACCAGCAGAGGACAGCACUUGGAUAUAUAUCUCAUCCUGACAUGCAAAGGCUGCUGUGUGAAGGUGUUUCUGUUGAUUCUGCUGGGGUUUCAGCAAAGACAGACUGCAUUUCCCACAUGCCUAAACAAACGUCAGAUACUUUGGAGAACUGGCAGAGAAUAGCAGAGUAUUACGUGGAGAGACCAAGGAUUAUGAUGUGUGGACGUGCUGCAACAUUGUGUCCCAGUGAGCUCAGAAUGUUCUGGAGCCCAGCACCUCCCAAAUUCAUAUGCGCCCCCUGUGUUAUGAAAGACACACUUUUCCCCAAAUACCAGAUAACCCAAGCAGACCUGUGCAAAGAGAAUCUGUUGGAUGAUCUGCACAAUGUGGAGGAGUCAGUUAGCCAUGUGAUGGACACAGAGCAGGUUACUUCUGAGGAAAAUGUCUCGCCUAUUAAGUGUAAGUCUGUGGCAGACUUCAGAACAACAGCCUCACCGACUCCCUCUGGGUUCAUCUCAGCAGAACAGGCAAGACGGCCAUGCUCUGCCCCGCAAUUAACCCAAGAUCUUGAGCCCCAUUUUCGGCUGCAGUCCGACUUCACCAGCCUUUCCCUGGAGCUGGAGCAUGUGCGGUGGCAGCGGCAACAGAACUCAAUCUGUGCAGCUCUGGCCAAAGAAUCCCCAUCCAAUGCCAAACAGACAAAGCCUCAGGAGGUUCACACAGAGCCCAACUCAUCAGAGCAGCCCUGCCAGGUCCCAAACCACAGGCGGAACAAAGGCAAAGAGAAGGCAAGGGUGUCCCAUUUCAAACGCAGGGCCAAGAAAAGAGGAAAAACACUGGACUCUGUCAAGAUGGCCUAUGUUUGGAAAAAACUGGGAGAGCCAUCACGGACACUAACAAGGAGUGAGUCUCUGUGUCAGUUACCAUGGGAGUCUAAAACCUCCAGAGGGCAAUUUUCACCCCUCCUCUUCCCCAGUCUGCCCAUUCUCCUGGAUUUUGAGACCUUUGCCACAGAUCAUGGUGGGAUACCUGACAGGACACCCCCUCGAGAGUGGGUCAGAGACAUAUGGGACGCCUGGUUUGACGAGGUCUUCCCCCCUCUGGAAAAUCUCCAGAGUGCAGGCUCUUUUCCUUGUGGUCUGGAGGAGAACCAGCUUCCACAGGAUGAGAUCCAGGAUCUGGACAAAGUGGUUUUGGAUGAAAGUCUCAAUACAGUUGAUUUGGAGCAUGAAGUGGCCAAACUGACCCAAAAUAUGACUGAAAGUGGAAACCACAGUGCCUUCGACUGUUGUCGUCGUGGAGCACUUUACAUAAAACUUGGUUAUCUCAACCAGGCCCUUAAAGAUCUCAGUGCUGCCAUCUCCCUGGAGCCCCAUUUACUGGAUGCCUACUGGCACAGACACCACAUCUACCUGCUGAGAAACGACCCCGAUAGAGCUCUGGACGAUCUAAACGUCAUCGUUGAGAACAAGAAGAAGCAUGCAGACGCCUUCAUGUCUACAGCAGAAAUCUACAAACAAAGAGGGGAAACCACACUGGCUCUAUUCAACUACACCCAAGCCAUCAAAGUCAAGCCAGAUGAUGCAGAGAUCUACUUUAAGAGGGCAAAGAUGUAUGAAAAGAUGGGCGAGAUACUGCUGGCCAUGGAGGACUAUGCCAAAACCUUCACCAUUGACUCUACAAGGACUGAUGCAAUGAUGAUCCAUGGAAUACAGCACUUCAACACCUCCAAAUGGAUGCAGGCCCUGGAAGACUUCUCCCUGCUGCUGAAGCAAGAACCUGGGAAUGCUACAGCCAGAACAUACAGAGGAAGAAUCUAUACCAAGCUGGGUCAGUUUGAGAAGUCUAUUGAGGACUUUUCUCUGGCUGUGCACUUGGAUCCCAGUAGCUGGUUGGCGUUUUACCACAGAGGGUGUCUGCUGAGGGAGAUAAUGCCUCAUAUGGCCUUAAGGGACCUCAGCACAUCUGGUAACAUCUUCUUCCGGUUUCCCGCUUUGAGUAACUACUGCCAAGACUACUGUCACCUGCUGGUACAGAAAGUUCUCAUCAAUGACAGUGCAGAAAACCUGAGUGCAUUCCUGCACCGCGGUCAGGUCUACAUGACGCUUCGGCGCUGGCAGCAGGCUAUGGCUGACUUUGAAGCUGUGAUCAAACUUGACAGUCACAGCAGAUUUGCAGCUGUUGCCCACGUCAGUUUGGGACUGAUCUGUAUGCUGAAUAUGGGCCGACAAUAUGAGGCCAUUAGAAGGUUCAGUAAUGCAUUGAAGGAGGACCCCACCUAUGUAAAAGCCUACGUUUGCCGGGCCAGAGCCUACUUCAACGUGAAUAAUCUGAGUAGAGCGGUGAAGGAUUUGACUCGAGCCAUACACAUAAAGCCAGACGCUUAUGAUCUGCACAUCAUGAGAGGGAAGUACUUGUAUGAAAUGAAACAGUUUGACCUGGCUACCCUCUGUAUACGGUACGCAGCAGAAAUGAAAACAGCUCUGGGUUUAUCACCGGUCCAGCAAGCUGUCGUCCAAUCGUUCCUGGGGAACUAUGCCAAUGCUGUCGUCUGUCUCGAGGAAGCGGUCGAUACAUGCCCUUCUCCUCCACACCUCAUUCUUCUCGGGAGGACGCUGAUGAGGGAGCACAGGUUCAAAGAAGCAGUGGAGAGUAUCAGAAAGGCCCUGUCACUUCUGGGUACCAAUAAAACUAAACUCAUUACUGCACAAGAGGCUGCAGAGGUCUUCUAUCUUAUGGGCAUAUGCUACAUGAAACAAAUGCUUUUGUUACAGGAGAGUGAAGACUCUCUUCUCCUCCAUGCUUUGGAUGCUUUUAACAGCGCUGUGAGCAUGAACCCAGACCACGCUGAGGCUCACCAUCAGAGAGGACUGUGCCGCGUACAUCUACAAGACUCCACAGGUGUGCAGGACUUUAACAAAGCACUCCAAAUAAACCCCAACCUCUAUCAGGUGCAUCUCAGCCGAGCUGCCCUUUAUGGGGCUCAAGGACGAUAUGCAAAGGCUGUACUCGACUGUAAUGAAGCUAUCAGGAUCCAGCCCAAGAGUGUCAGAGCAUACUUGUAUAAAGGAGCUCUUAAAUUCUAUUUGAAAGCAUACAAGAGUGCAGUGGAGGAUCUGACAAUGGCAGUCCAGAUGGACAGUGCCUGUUCAUUUGCUUACUACAACCGCGGCGUAUGUUUUCAUGAGCUGCGGGAUUAUGAACUGGCUCUCAGAGACUAUAGCAUUACACUGCUCUUGGGCUGUAAGACGGAGCUUGAGCUGAAAGUCUUGAUAAACCGUGGCCUUCUUUAUGUGGAGCUUAAUGACUAUGACAGUGCCCUUCAGGAUUUUAAGGCUGCAGCACAGAAACAACCAGAGGAUGUAAAAAUUCUUCAUGCACUGGGAGUUAUUCACCACAGGCUUGGCCAAUUACAGGAAGCUGUGGAUGCUUACAGCCAAGCUUUAAGACUUGAUCCCUUCUUGCAAGAUUCCCAUGUGGGCAGAGGCAAUGUUUUCAUGGAUUAUGGGCACAAUCACGCCAGGAAACAAGCUCAGAGGGACUUCCUCUCAGCCCUGCAUCUCAAUCCACUCUGUUCAAGUGCCCGCAUUAGCCUGGCAUACAACUUACAGGUUUUGGGAUUCUUCGAGAGAGCCUGGAAUCAGUUUACUGUGGCUGUAGAGGUGAACCCUAAAUGCUGGGCGGCGUAUGAAGGCAGAGCUGUUACCAGCCUACAGAUGGGCAACAUGUUUGCAGCCCUGCAGGACAUUAACACUGCUAUAAAGUGUAACCCUCAUGCAGAGCAGCUCUUCACAAACCGAGGUCUGAUCCAGCAGUUCAUGGGAGAUAAAGCUAGUGCCAUGAAGAACUACCAGACCGCUAUCGGCCUCAACCCGGAAUAUUCCCUUGCUUACUUCAACGCUGCCAACCUCUUCUUUUACAAUGGACAGUUUGAGCAGGCAUGUGAGAACUACAGCCGAGCAUUUGAGCUGGACCCCUCAGAUGAGUCUGCCAUCCUGAACCGAGCCAUCACUCACGCUCUGCUGCGGAAGGUCCCAGCAUCCCUGCAGGAUUUCAAUGAGGCUCUCUGCCUCAACCCGCUGUCUGCACAUGCCUACUUUAACAGAGCCAACCUGUACUGCUCUCUCAGACAGUUCCAAUCAGCUGAGAGGGACCUUACGCAAGCUCUGAUGCUGCAGCCUGGAGAUGCUCUUCUCUAUAAACUGAGGGCUGAUGUUCGGGGUCAUCUGGGAUGGAAGGAGCAGGCGCUGGAUGACUACAGAUUGGCAGUGGAGCUUCAGGACUCGAGAUGCUGCUCAGGGUUGGAGAAUGAUCAAAAUGAGAUUUUUGCUUCUUAGAUUAUUAUAAUUAGUUAAUGCAAUACAGUUGUUGAACAUUCUUGUCUUAAUUUUGUUGCAUGCAAUCAGUUUAGAAUUGUUAAAUGUGAGUCUGAAACUACAUUAAAAAAAUUAUUAAAUUUGUGCAAAACCAAGAUCCAGAUUGACAAUUUAAUUUGAUUGUUUUUUCCAUCAUCCAGCCAUCUGUUAUAAUACUCUACUAAAUUAAAACAUAGUUUUUAUUCUUUAUUUCUUAUUCUACACCAGACAGAUAUCAUUAGCAACUGUUAAAUAAUGUAGUAA